GAUGAGGAAGCACGGAUGUCUUCCUUCUAUGAAGAGGAAGCAGACAGAGAGGUGGCACAGCUGAUGGGGGAAGGUGCACUGCCUUUGAUAAGGGAAGUACACUGGGCCCAGGGCCACCCAAUGCGCAGUGACCCCCACGACUGGCUGAGGGCAGAAACCCUGCUGCCCCAUCAGACUGUAGAGAAGCUCAGUAGGUGGUCAGUGCACCAGGAGGCAGAACAGUCCCAAAACAACCAAAAUUACAAUGGCAGGGGGCCAUGGGAGGCAGAGGAUGCUACUCAGAACAUGCUGGAGAGCCGUCUCAGCAAAACUCAGGUACACAUGCCAGGCAGCACCCAAGCAGUGGAAGUGGAUGAGGUGGAGGACCUGUCACAGCUAGAAGAGGUGUGUGAGAGCUCUGUGCUGUUAAACCUGAAGAAGAGAUUCCAUCGGGACUUCAUUUAUACCUACAUUGGGAACAUGUUGCUAUCGGUCAACCCCUUUAAGCCUCUCAGUAUCUACUCAGAGGAGCUGAGCCUGCAGUACCAGGGCAAGGAGCAGCGGCGCAACCCACCUCAUGUUUACGCCAUUGCGGACGCUGCCUUCCUCCAAUCCCAGAACUCAACCCAGGAGCAUUGCAUUGUCAUUAGUGGACAGAGUGGCUCUGGGAAAACAGAAGCUGCCAAGCUGAUUGUACAGUACCUCAGCACCAUGUACCAGGGCAAAAGUGAGGGCCUGCGGCAGCCCAUGGAGGUCCUGCCCAUCCUGGAGAGCUUUGGCAAUGCCAAGACCAUCCUCAACAAUAAUUCCAGUCGUUUUGGCAAAUACUUACACAUCCACAUCCGCCAUGGUGUUGUGGUGGGGACCUCCCUGUCGCAGUACCUCCUUGAGAAAUCGAGAGUCGUCUUUCAGGCUAAUGGAGAGAGAAACUACCAUGUGUUCUAUGAGCUGUUGGCGGGGAUGAACCAAUGGAAUAAGCAAGAUCUUUAUCUGCAGGGAGCAGAGACAUACUACUACCUCAACCAGGGCGGUGCCUGUGAGAUGGAGGGGAAGUGGGACAGCAAGGACUUCCUGCUGCUGGUCAGGUGCAUGGAGGCAAUUGGUCUGCACGCAGAUCAGCUCUCCACCAUAUGGGCAAUUCUGUCAUCUAUCCUUCAACUGGGGAACAUCUGCUUCAGCUCCUAUGAGAGCGAGUCGUUUGAGGUGGCGCGCAUCUUCAGCGAGGCAGAGGCGCGGCGUGUGGGCAGCCUGCUGCAGGUGUCCGCCGAGGCCCUUCAGACAGUCAUCACGCACCGCGUCACGGAGACGACCUAUGACAGAAUCUACUGCCCCCUGUCUGUGGAAAGUGCCAUAGAAUCAAGGGAUGCUAUCGCCAAGGCCCUGUACUCGGUGCUGUUUGAUUGGCUGCUGGACCGCAUUAACGAGUGGCUGAUCCCCACUGAGAUGGACAGCACUGUGGGCAUUGUGGACAUCUACGGUUUUGAGGACCUGGGGGUUAACAGCUUUGAACAGCUCUGCAUUAAUUUUGCAAAUGAACAGCUUCAGCAGUUUGUCAACAAAGCAGUCUUGACCCAGGAGCAGGAAGAGUACAGCGCAGAGCAGAUCCAGUGGUACCCUGUGCCCCUCCAGGACUUCCACUCUUGCGUGGAGCUGAUCUCUGCACGCCCGUACGGCAUCCUCCGCAUCCUGGAUGACCAAACCUGCCUCCCCCAGGCCACUGACCAUACCUUCCUACAGAAGUGCCACUAUCACCAUGGGAGCAGCCCCUACUACACCAAGCCUAAAAUUCCUCUGCCUGUAUUUACAGUGUACCAUUACGCUGGGGCUGUCACCUACCAGGUGCACAAUUUCCUCAAUAAGAACCAUGAUCAAAUCCGCCCAGAGGUACUGGAGCUUUUCGCUCGGAGUCGACUGAAGAUGGUGUCUAGCCUGUUCCUCAAAGUGCAGCAGAGGUACCUGCAGCAGAAGGAGCUGGGGGCCAGGGGGAAAGGCCAUCGGCAGCAGGCCCCCACAGUUGCGGCACACUUUCAGCAGUCACUAACUGAAUUGACAACACGGCUGGAGAGGUGUAAAACUACAUUUGUCCGCUGCUUUAAACCCAACUACAUGAAGUUGCCAGGGAUCUUUGAUGUGGAGUAUAUGAUGUUGCAGCUGAGGCAUGCUGGGAUACUGGAGACUAUUCACAUCAGGAAGGAGGGAUACCCUAUUCGCAUCCCCUUCACCUACUUCAUGGAGAAGUAUGGUGUCCUGCUGCCGCAGCGCCCAGACCACCUGCCAGAGAAGGAUCAGGUCGCCACCCUGCUGAAUACCGUUGCAGGUGCAGAGGAGGGGCAGUAUCAGCUGGGGCGUACAAAGGUGUUCCUGAAGGAGGCGCUAUACCAACGGGUGGAGGAUCGGUGGACCAGCACGCAGACCUGGGCUGCUGUGACUAUCCAGAGGAACAUCCGCGGCUUCAUCUGCCGCCGGAACUUCCGCUUCUUCAAGCAGAAGGCCAUCAUCCUCCAGUCUCACAUCCGUGGCCACCAGGCCAGGAAGUACUACAAGAGGCUGAAGCAGUCUUUCACACAGUUCUGGGCAGCCAUGAUGAUCACCAGAAACACCCUCAAGAGGCAGCGAUGGAGGGUGAGAAUGACAAGUGUUUUGUGUUUGCGUCUGUGCUUUCAGGAACACGCUGAGAGGAACAGAGUGACGACAAAGACAACAGUUCAGACUCGAACUGCAGGAAUGGAUGUGGGAAUGUUGGAGAUUCCAGCAGAGCUGUCUGCCAGGCUGCACAGUGCAGCAGGACAGCGACGGGGCCCAGGUGUCACAGAGGUUGCCCCGCCACAGGUCAAAGCUGAGCACAACCUCUCCCUGCCACCUGACAUCAACCAGUUCCCAUUCUCUAAUUAUGCCAACACAGCCUUGAAGGAUGGAUGGUGCCAAGCACAGGGUUACCCUCUGCAGAGACCCCUCACCCUGCUGAACCCAGAGGAUGCCCACACAGCCUUGGAGAUAUACAAGCUGAUCCUCCGCUUCUCAGGUGAUUCCGAGCUGACAGACUGGCAGGAGCAGAUGGUAGGGAACUACAUUGUGGAGAAGGGACAGGCACGGCCCUCCCUCAGGGACGAGAUCUUGGCCCAGCUGGCCCAUCACACCUGGGGGCGGGAGAGCGAGGAGAUGGCUCUGAGGGGCUGGAUGCUGAUGGCCUGCUGCCUGAGCUCCUUCACGCCCUCCCCAGACCUGGACAAGCCGCUGCUCAAGUAUGUGUCAGACCAGGGCCCUGGAGAAUACCGCUCCCUCUGUCAACACAAGCUGCUCACCUCCCUGCAGCUGCCUGCCCCUGCCUGCAGGCUCCACCCACCCUCACAGCUGGAGUGGACAGCCAAUCAGAGGAGAGGGAAGAUGGUGCUGGAUGUCAACACCUACAAUGAGGAGAAACUAACAGCAGAGGUGGAGUCCUGGACCACCGGGGAGCAGUUGGCCUCCUGGUUACUCAGAUACAGAGGUUUGCAAGAGGCUCCUCGUGGCUGGUCAGUGUCUCUCCUGGCUGGGGAGGGCUGGACUGACCUCGCUGGCUGCGACUUCGUCAUGGACCUGCUGGCUGGGGUGGAGGCAGAUGUCCCAUCGUCACAGUCCUCUGCACCCUCUCAGUACCUCUUCAGUAACAAUGGGGACAUGAUGUUUCCCCCAGACAUGGAUGACUUCAUCCCCCCUGCUCCAUCCAUGCAGGCCCCUGGACUCCCACCCUCUGCAGCGGCUGCCUGGGGCUCCGGUGCCUACACCCCCAUGACAGAAGGCUCCAGGGGUCGACAAAUGGACGCCUACGUAGAUGAUCUGUUUGACCCAGUGCUCGACCAGGGUCCUCCGGACAUGGAGCGGAUGGCCAUGCUGAACAGGCGAAUGAGGGGAGGAGGAGGGAUAGGCCCCAUGCAGCCUGGAGUGUUUCCAGGAGCAGGGGUUCCGAUGACAAUGACAAUGCCAAGUUAUUCUAUGGGAAUGGCUCUUAACCCUGCAAUGCCCAGCUAUCCUGCCAUGCCCAUGAUGUCUGGUAUGAUGCCAGCAGCAUCCUCUAUGCCCAUGAUGCAGACCAUGCCAUCAAUGAUGAUGCCAGCUGCCAUGGCCACACCUGCACCAAUGGUUGAUCCCCAGCAGAUGGCAGCACAGCAGCAAGCCUUCAUCAACCAGCAGGCCCUACUAAUGGCGCAACAGAUGACUCUCCAAGCCAUGACCCUGUCGCAGCAGCAGCAGCAGGAGCUGCAGCAAAGACAGCAACGGCAGCGUCCCCAAGAACAGCCACAGACCUCACCCAGACCAGAGCCUCCAGCACCGGCCCCCAAAUGGACCCCUCCUCCCCCUACUACCGCUCAGAGCACCCCACCUCAGGCGACCCCACCUCAGGCGACCCCACCUCAGGCGACCCAAGAGCCUCAGACCCUGCGCAGCAUCCCACAGCCAGAGAAGGAAGUGGAUUUUUCCAACCAGGAUCAGCUGGAAUCUUUCAGAGAGAAGAGGGAUUUUUUCCAGAGGAUUGGAACACAAAGUGUCAGUGCGAAUCAGGUGAGACCUGCAGCCAAACCCCAGAGGCCACAGCCAACACCCCCCAAACAAGUAGAGAGGAGUGCCCCACCGGAGUCACCCAGAUCUCCCUCACCAGUCAAGAUCGAAGUGAAACCUACUCCAAAGGCCCCUGUGGAAGAGACAGCAAAUUCCGGAAGGACUUCCCCGGCCACUGUCACUCCUCCUAAACCUCAACCCAGCAGCCAGAUCCGAGACAUCAUCAAACAGUAUCAGAACCGCCCUGCCCCAGAACCCAAACCUUUUGAGCCUGUAAGAGUCCCUGCCAGGACAUUUGUGAAGAAAAAUGACCCCAAGGAGGAGGCUCUGGCCAUUCUGAGAGCAAAGGGACCAGUGGCACCCCAGCCGAAACAGUAUGCUCCUCCUGUCCAGCCCAAAAAAAAGACUGCCCCACGGGCCCCUCCCACACCGCCAUCCCAGGCGCCUCGUUCCAUCUCCAACAGCAUGAGGCAGAAGCAGAACUCACUGGCUGACCUCUUUGGCUCCACCCGUUCCAAAGCUCCUCCUCCUGACAUUCCCCCACCCCUUCCUCCCAACAUCCCUGACCCACCUCCGAAUGCAGCCCCAGGAGCUAAUCUCCUCAGCUUACUGGCCAAUGAUGACAACGUGCGCUCACAGCUGCACAAGUUCUCGGCCAGUGUGUACUUUUCUUACGCCAGCAUGCCCGGCAAACUGUUCCUGCGUAAAGAGGUGUUCUACCCUAGAGAGAGGUUUAACCACCCAUAUGUCCUCAAUCUAUUGUGUGAGCAGAUCAUGAGGGACACCUACUCUGACUCAUGCGUGCGGAUCUCCCGUGAGGAACGAAGGAAAAUGAAGGACUUGCUGGCUGGUUUCCGUGUGGGUACCAGUAUCAGCUCAGUGCAGGACGAUGCCAUGAAGAAGAGGAUUGUGAUGGCAGCCCGUGACAACUGGGCCAACUACUUCUCACGUCUCUUCCCUGUGACGGGAGGGAAUGGAGAGGACACUCAGAUACUGGGGGUGUCUCAUCGUGGCAUUCGGCUACUGCGGGUGGUGAAGGCAUCUGGCAUCAACCCUAAGCACCUCAAGGUGCUGCGCAGUUACAGCUAUGCAGAACUGCUGUCAGUACGUGAGAGACGGACAGGGGUGGUGGAGUUCUCCUUGAAGAAUGAGCAGUUGGAGCUACACUCCCCCCGUACCCCCCAAAUCAUCGCUAUGGUACAACUCUUCCUCAAGGAGCUGCUCAAGGACUCUGAUCAUGUGAUAGCACUGAGGAGCUAUGUGACAGAUGACAAGAGCCUUCUCAGCUUCCAGAAGGGUGACAUCAUAAAGCUGCUGCACAUGGAUGGGCUGCAGGCAGGGUGGCAGUUCGGCUCAAUAGGGGGUCGAUCAGGGCUCUUCCCCUCAGAAUACACGCAGCCAGCUGCACCCCCAGACUACUACUGCAGCCACAUCGACCGACGUGAUGAGCGCAGGAAGAGCAGGAGGGUGACAACCACCCCCGUCCCACCAGAGACCAGGGUAGUGAGAGAUCGUCCUCCCAGCAAUAGCCUCACAGAUGAGCCCAGCACCGAGGGGUCAGCGCUGGGAUCGGACAAUGACGGCCAGCUAUACAUCAUGACAGAGUUCGCUGUGAAGUACUUCAGAGAGGCUGCUGCCAGACUGGGUUGGAAAGGUUUGAGUGCAGAGGGAAGGAGCAGCUCAGAGAUGGUCCAGUACACCAAGGUUCCUAUCCAGGAGUCCCUCAUUUUUUACUCUGAUAACGAGCUGAAUGAACUUGCUGCACAGUGCUUCAUGAAUGUGAUGCGUUUCAUGGGAGACCAGCCCUUACAGAAGCAUCAGACGGAGGGAGACUGUGUAAACAGCAUCCUGCAUUUAGGGAAGGAGAAGGAGUUUCUGAGGGAUGAGAUUUACUGCCAGGUCAUCAAACAGACAACCCUCAACCCACACAAGGAGAGCUGUACCCGGGGGUGGCGCUUGCUGAAUCUGGUGACAGGUUUUUUCCCCUGCUCGGGCACCCUUAAGCCCUACGCUUCUCGCCAUCUACACAGCUGCACCCAGGACGCCUCACACCCCUACCAAGAGCUGUCCCGCUCCUGUGAAGAGAAUCUGAUGCGGUCUCUCGCUCACGGCGGCCGCAGACACGUCCCAUCUCGUCUAGAGAUGGAAGCCAUCCUGGCCGGCAGGAGCUCGAGACGCCUCCCUAUCCUACUGCCUGGAGGGGUGGAGUUCCCCUGCAAGAUCCGCAGCUUCAGUGUUGCACUGGACGUGGUGACGGAUCUAUGUGCGGAGAUGGGUGUGCAGAAACCCUCGGAAGUGAAGGAGUUUUCUGUUCAUGCAAACCGUCAGGGUGAGUAAAUGUUGCGCCCCAUCCACCCAGACGAGUACAUCUUUGACUUCCUGCUGGACGACGGCUCCAUCUUCCUCUCCUUCCGCCGGGUGAUCUGGAACCAGCCCAUGCAUUUCGACAAUGACCUCUACAUUGAGUUCCACUACCAGCAGGUACUGGCUGAUUUCCUGGAUGGGAAGUUUUUGCUCCCAAGCAGUGGUUCAGCUGCUUACCAGCAGAUGGCAGACUUUGCUGCUGCUCAGCACCUGGCCCUGGGUCUAAAGGAGGUGCCCUCACAACAAGAGUUGAAGGAGUACCUCCCUCAAUCAGACAAGAGCAGCACAAACCUUCAGCAGCUGCAUUCUGCAUUGCUCAAACAGCUGACCAGCAUGGGGUCCCUCAGUCCUCGUGAUGCCAAAAUCCGCUUCCUUGAAAAUGUCAGCUCCUUGCCUUUCUUUGGCUUCAACGUCUUUCUGGCUCAGAAGGUCAGUCAGCAGGACUGUCCCUCUCCCUGCACUGUUGCUGUUAACCAGGAGGGAAUCUUCUUUGCAAAGCCAAAGACACAGGAGACAGUUUUUUCAAUAUUCCUGGUUGAUGUGCAGUCGCUUCGUACAAUGCGUCCCAAAAAAGAAAAGGUGCCGGCGGUGGAGAUAAAUUAUGGUAACCCAUCCUACCCCAAAAGCAUCAUCAUCCAUCUCAAACAGGCCAAGGCGCUGUGCCACGUUAUUGCAAUGAUCAUGGAUGAGCUGGUGCGACCUCCUGUCAGCAGCUCCAUAUCGAGUAGUCGUUCAGUAACAACACGCUAGUGUUGCCUCUGAGCAGUGUACACCCAGCAACCCAUAGUGGUCCCCCAGUUCAACAAGCAUCCUGGCUGGUGAAAUCAAAUCAAAUAUCUAAUGCUGCUGCUGCUACUGUUGAGAAACACGGACGUUCACUGUCUGCUGCUACU